UUAUUUUAUUUCAUUAGAAAAAAGACCAAACAACGUACUUAAAACGAAUCCCCCGCUCCCACAUCCAGCCUGUCUCUCUCUGACUCCCCACCCAUUAAUAACUUCUCUCAACUCUUCCAUAACUUCUCUCAACUCCUCCACAACAAGCACAAGAAAAAAAGAAAGAAAAAGGAUCAGAUCUUUUCUGAGUUUCUGGGCUUAAUUUGCUACAGCAAUCCAUCAAGAACACCACCAAGAAUGAGCUAUUACAACCAGCAACAGCCUCCUGUUGGUGUUCCUCCACCUCAAGGUUAUCCACCGGAAGGAUAUCCCAAGGAUGCUUAUCCACCACCUGGAUAUCCCCCUCAGGGAUAUCCUCAACAGGGAUACCCUCCACCUCAGGGCUACCCCCAACAGUACCCUCCUCCCUAUGCCCCUCAGUAUGCCCAGCCUCCCCCUCAACAACAAAGCGGUAGCACUGGCUGCUUGGAGGGCUGGUCGUACAAACGACAACAAUUGUUCGAUUUUUAAGAGGCGUUGUCAGAUUUGUUUUUUCAAUUGCAUGAAAUGCUGCAGUUUGGCUGCUCUGUGCUGUUGCUGCCUGCUGGAUGCUUGCUUUUGAAGGGAGCUGUGGAUCAAACAUGAAAUUGAAGCCCACUUGAUUGGAUGGCGCACAAAAUUUAAUUCCCUUAUUGGGUUGUCAAAUUUAUCUAUCUGUUACAUUUGUUUGUGUAGUUUUUGUUUUUCAUUUUUAUUUGACAGUUUAUUUUCAUAAAUAAUAUGAACUUCUAAUUGAAAAGGUCACAUUGGUUCUUUCU